UAGGAAGCAGGAAAGCUCCAAGCUCCAAGUUCCCAAACCUCAUCCCAUUGAUUGCAUAAAAAAAGACGAAAGAAGGCAGAGGAGGCGAUGGAUCACGCGAGAUCUCACUCUACAUCGAGAAAGCUUUCUGAGGGGUCAGUUCCGAUUCCAUGGCGCUGCAACUGUUUCCUCAGUUCUCCACCUUCGUCUUUUCUCCACUCUCUUCAACUUCUCUGCAACGGAGUAAAGGCGGGCCCGAAAACAUCUUCUCCAAUUUGAAUGCUUUGUUGGCUUGGAAGGAUGAUCGGCCGCUGAGGAGGCGGGCCCACUUGAUGGUGGUGAUGUCCGCAUCUGAUUCAGCAGUUUACAAGAUGAAUCUGAAUGAGUACAUGGUGACGCUUGAGAGGCCGCUCGGGAUUCGGUUCGCGCUCUCACUCGACGGCAAAAUCUUCGUCCACUCGCUUAGGAAAGGGGGAAAUGCUGAAAGGUCUAAAAUAAUCAUGGUGGGCGAUACAUUAAAGAAGGCAAGUGAUGCACCAGGUGGUGGAUUCAAUGACAUCAAGGAUUUAAGUGAUGCAGAGAAAAUGCUCAUGAGUGUUGGGGCAUCACAAAGCUUGGUACUUGAAAGACCAUUUUCGCCCUAUCCAGUCCAGCAAUUAAAUUUGAAUAGUGAUUGGCACAUCCUAUUUAACAGAGGCAAGGUGCCUUUUGCUACCUGGAGUGGAACUGUGCUGGCUUCAAAUUUGCAGCCUUCUAGCAGACAGCCAAAUUCAGGAUUUGCUAUAUUUUCUCCUAAAUUUUUAAAUCGUCAAGGAUGGAUGCUUCUGAUGUCACAAGAUAGGAAUGACAUUUUUGAUUAUAAAGGAACAAUUAGUACAAAAAAUACAGGUGAAAUUGUUGGUAUUUGUUCUGAAGAAAACAAUGGAAAUAUUGAAUGGACUUAUGGGAGUUUUCCUUUAGAGGAGUAUGUGAAGGCACUUGAACGAUCUAAAGGAGAGUUGUAUUAUAACCAUUCCCUUGGGAUGCAAUACAGCAAGAUUACUGAACAGAUUUAUGUUGGAUCAUGCAUACAAUCAGAAAGUGAUGUGCAGAAAUUAUCAAAUAUGGGAAUCACUGCUGUUCUGAACUUUCAAAGCGAAAGUGAGCGAGCAAAUUGGGGGAUUAAUUCACGAGCUAUCAAUGAGUUCUGCUGCAACUCAAAUAUUCUUAUGGUGAACUAUCCUAUUAGGGAGGUGGACUCUGUAGACCUGAGAAAGAAACUUCCUUUCUCUGUUGGGCUUUUAUUACGCCUUCUGAGGAAGAAUCAUCGUAUAUUUGUGACUUGUACUACUGGAUUCGAUAGAUCCCCUGCAUGUGUUAUUGCGUACUUACACUGGAUUCAAGAUACUGCCCUUAGUGCUGCCCAUAAUUUUGUUACUGGCUUGCACUCAUGCAGACCUGAUAGACCAGCAAUUGUUUGGGCCACAUGGGACCUUAUUGCCAUGGCAGAAAAUGGCAAAAUUGAUGGAUCUCCAACUCAUGUUGUAAAUUUUGUGUGGAACAAUGGAUGUAGAGAGGGAGAAGAGGUGUGCUUGGUGGGGGACUUCACAGGCAAUUGGAAGGAAUCCAUAAAGGCAGUACACAAAGGAGGUUCAAGAUAUGAAGCAGAAGUUAGACUUCGGCAUGGAAAGUAUAAAUAUAAAUUUAUUAUUGGGGGACAGUGGAGGCAUUCUACAUCAUUGCCAACAGAGAGGGAUGAACAUGGCAAUGUCAACAAUGUUAUCCGGAUUGGUGAUGUUGCUAGAAUUAGACCGACUCCCAACGAGCUACAGAUAAAGGAUCCAUCUGUUGUGAAGGUAAUUGAGAGACAACUAACAGAGGAUGAACGUUUCAUGUUAGCCUUCGCUGCAAGGCGCAUUGCUUUUGCAAUUUGCCCAAUCAAACUUGCUCCGAAGUAGAAUUGGUCCUCUUUCCACUCUGCUUGCAUUUGCUGCUAUUAUUUCUUAUGUUCUGCAGGAAUUCUAUAUGUUGUGGUAUUCAUUGCAAUCACGUUGAAUACUUCAAGAUUCCAUAACGGUGCAAAUAAUUAGUUUCAUGCGAAAGGUUUUCAGUUGACUUCAUUUGUUAUA